GACUGGCUGCGAAAUUCCUACUGAUUAUUCAGAGAAAUUCGUGAAGUUCGGGUUUGAUAAUGCUUCGAAGUCCAUAUAUUAAAAAAUGGACAAAUCUAAUGUGGCUACAAUUAGUGAAAGAAAACAGGAAGAGGAUUUGAGAAAAUCGCAGAAUGGAUCGGAAACCUCAGCCUUGGCAGAUUUUGAAGCUGCUAUUGAAGCAACAGGAUUCGGCAAAUUCAACAGGAUAUUGCUGUUGGUCACCUUCUCGUCAUCUUUAUCACAAGCCUUUGAAUCUCUGACUUUAUCCUACGUUAUUCCAAUCGCUCAGUGCGAUCUCAACCUAACUUUGGAGGACAAAGGAAUGCUCAAUGCCAUUUCCUUCGCAGGAAUGAUAACCAGUGGCUUCGUCUUUGGAUACUUGUGUGACUUUUUUGGCAGAAGAAAAAUGAUAAUUAUCGGAUAUACGCUUAAUGCUUUCUUCACCUGUUUGACUUCCUUAUCGCAAACUUUCACAUUGGUAAUGGUAACAAAAUUCUUCAGUGGAUUUUCUUUCAAUGGAGGCUUCUCUGCGUUCACCGCCUACCUUUCAGAAUGGCAUUCUUCCAAAUACAGAGGAAUGGUGCAACUUGUAAGAGGCAUCGGUCUGGCAAUAGCAAACGUCACCAUACCCCUCCUAGCCUGGGGUAUACUACCCCGAUACAUAAAUUUUCAACUAUUCGGGAUCUUAGAUAUCCAUUCGUGGAACGUUUUCAUCUUUGUCACAAUACUGGCUCCAUUUUCGUGUGCUCUGGUUUGCUAUUUCGAACCGGAGAGUCCCAAGUUUCUGAUGACCAAUGGCAGAAAUGAGGAGGCUUUGAAGGUUUUCAAAAUAGCGUACAGAAUGAAUACAGGAAAGCCUGAAGAAUCGUAUCCAAUAAAACAACUAGUCGAUGAAACAAACUACUUGGAACGAAAAAAAUCUGUCGGAGCCAUUAAAGCUAGUUUCGCCGCUUUCAAGCCCCUGGUGACGCCCCCGUACCUCUACAAACUACUGCUUGUGUGUUUCACCGCAUUCAUAUCAUCUAUGGGAUUCCAGUCUCUGAAGUUGUGGUUUCCCCAACUUCUUCAGAGCCUUAACGAUUAUCAGCAGUACAAUAAUGGUUCCAGUUCUGGAAUGUGCGAGAUCAUAGAUUUUUUGAAUGAAAAAACUGUAACAACAUCAUCAGUAUGUGUUGUGAAUCUGGACAAUUCCUCAGUCUAUAUCAACGCUAUAAUCAUUGGAUUGGUGCAAAUAGUUUUAUACAUCACUGCAGGAUUUUUCAUUCGACUACUGGGUCAAAAAUUGUUAGCAGGAAUAACAUCGUCCAUAUCUGGAAUUUGUGCCAUUUGUAUGUAUUUUGCCAAAAACUCCACUACUAUUAUAGCACUGUUCUCGAUAUUUCAUGGAUUUAUGGGGCUUACAGGAAAUACUUCAGUAGCCAUUACUCUUGAAAUAUUUCCUACCACAUUCAGAACAACCGCUCUUUCAAUGCAUUUCAUGACUGCUCGCAUAGGAUCCAUAGCAGGAAAUAUGGUUUUUCCAACUUUGAUUUCAUCAGGGUGUCUUCUUCCUUUCAUGUUUUGCGCAGGAUUGGCUUUCAUGAUUCCCGUCAUGGUAUUUUUCUAUCCAAACACGACAAACAAAGCUCUAGUUUAAGCAAUCCUCCUGGAAUUUGGAAGUAUAUGCAAGCAGCCUCAAGCCGGAGGAACUUGCAGAAGUUGAUAGGUGUCGACACACCAGCAAGAAAUCAAAAAUAUGACUGUGAAAGUUGUAGAGACAAUAAAACUCUUUUCAAAAAUACAUAGAUUUGUUGCGUUGAGGAUAAUUGACAAACACAGAUAGCGAUUCAUAUUUAAAAAAACAUUGCUAUCUUUUUGCCUACCAUGAAGUUCAUCUUUGGACAAAUAUUUGCAAUCAGAUCUGAAUCGGUUGUCCUUCUAAGAGAGUAGAAAGUACAUUUUUGAAUAGGAACAGUUUAUACAGUUUAUACGAGUUGGCGUGCAUUUUCUUCUAAUGUUCACACAAAUCCUCAACGCAAAUGAAAAAGUUUCAACACACGGUUUGGUUUAACACAGUUCAACUAUUGUGAUAUCGGUUUAUCUGCUGGAAUGUUAUUGAAACUUUCGAUUUAUGACAUUUCUUAUCGAAUCUUCUACAUCCUUGAAUCAUUUUUUGAGCGUUUUCCUCCAUACAAACAACAUAAUGAGCACCAAAUCGUUUAAUCUCACAAUAAGCUAUUUUUAUUUCACGAAUUCAAUUCAUAAUACGAAAAACAAUAAAUGAUUAAAUG